GGUCUCUCUCUGUCUCUCUGUCUCUCUCUCGGUGCCGUCGGGCGGAUGGAGAGCGGGAACGUCACCCUGUGGCAGGCGGUGUGGUACGGGCACCAGCCCUGCACCGGCUGGAGGCGCGGGGCGGGCGGCGCCGCCUACCAGUUGGCCAACGUGUUCCUCCUUCUGGGUUACAUGGGCGGCGGCGGCGGCGGCUUCGCGGGGCUCCUGUGCAGCCGCGCGCUGCUGUGCUGCGGGUUCCUGUGCGCCGGCGCCUGGUCCUGGACCGACCUGUGCGCGGCCGAUGCCUUCACCUGGAGCUUCGCCCUGUCCGCCAUCUGCGCGGGGCAGGUCGUGCACGUCGCCUACCGCCUGCGCGGCGUGUCCUUCGGGGAGGACUUCCACGCCCUGUACGGCGCGCUCUUCCAGCCGCUGGGCGUCCCCCUGACCGUCUACAAGAAGGUCGCCGACGGCUGCAGCCCCGCUUCCCUGGGGAAGGACCACUGCUACGCCGUGGAGGGCAAGACCGCCAUCGAAAAGUUAUCCCUCCUCCUGGUCGGCAGGAUUCGGGUGACAGUGAACGGAGAAUUUUUACAUUACAUUUAUCCCUACCAGUUUUUGGAUUCCCCUGAAUGGGAUUCACUCAGACCAUCGGAAGAAGGGACUUUCCAGGUGACACUCACAGCAGAGACAGACUGUCGCUAUGUGGCGUGGAGGAGAAAGAAACUCUACUUGCUGUUCGCCAAGCAUCGCCGCAUCGCUCGACUGUUUUCCGUGUUAAUCGGGAAGGACAUUGCCGACAAGUUGUACUCAUUAAACGACAAAGCCUACUUUAGCAAUGGAUUUCGUUUUGACAUCCGAUUGCCAAGCUUCUACAACUUGGUGGCAUCUGGCAGUGAGGUAUCAGAGACGAACAUAGCCCUGGCUCAGAGCUCCUCGCGCAAACACCCCCACACAAACUUUGCCAGGAUGAAUGUUACACCGAAAACCUCGUGGAUGUCCAGCUUCCUCUCCUCCAACACCUCCUCGGCACCUGCUGUUUUGGGUGACGUGACGGAGCCGUUUGCAGACCAGACCAAUGAAUGUGAUAAUUGGAAAGAAAUCCAUCAUAUGGUAUUCCACGUCGCCAACCUGUGCUUAGCCAUUGGGCUGGUCAUCCCAACCACAGUCAAACUCCACAUGAUCCUCCUGCGAGCUAUGAUAAGCGCAGCCUGUGCACUCUUUAUCAUCUGGGCAAUACUUUACCAAUGUGCCUUGGACAUUAUGAUCUGGAAUACUCUUUUCCUGCUUCUCAACAUGCUGCAUUUCCUCUAUUUGGUGUACAAAAGGAGACCUAUUAAGAUUGACAAGGAGCUCAAGGCACUUUAUAGGAGGAUGUUUGAUCCGCUUCAUGUGCCUCCAGAAAUGUUCCAAAGAUUAACAGGGCAAUUCUGCAAUAUUAUGACACUCCAAAAAGAUCAGACUUAUGCUGCAGAAGAUAAAACCUGUGUUGAUGUCCGACUGAGUGUCCUGUUAAAGGGAAAAAUGAAGGUUUCUUAUCGGGGCCACUUCCUGCACAAUAUCUACCCAAAUGCUUUCAUCGACUCUCCGGAAUUUCGAUCAACUCAGAUGAACAAAGGAGAAAAAUUUCAGGUAACCAUUGUAGCUGAAGAUACCUGCAAGUUUUUGUGCUGGUCCAGAGAGAGGUUGACUUUCUUCUUGGAGUCUGAACCAUUUCUUCACGAAGUGUUCAAAUAUAUAAUAGGCAAAGACAUUACAAAUAAGCUGUACUCAUUGAAUGACCCAACACUGAGUGACAAGACUGCCAAGAAGUUUGAGCGACAGCCAAGUCUGUGCUCACAGCUUUCAAUGAUGAAAGUGAGAAAUACCAUGGCCAGUACUAGUGACGCAGAGGACGGACUGUCUUCUUUCUUACGAGGAAGUUCCACUGCAUCGUCUGUCCAGAGGUCUCCAUAUACUAGGACAUCAGCAAAAAUGAGACCCAUUGAGGAGACAAUUGAGGAUGAUGUCUUUGAGCCCGCUUCACCAGCUGCCCCUUCAGCUCCCAAAUGACCCUGAAUACAAAAGGAAGGGUCCUAACAAUCGACAGCUCCUGUCUGCUGGAGAAGACAAGAAAUUUCCAAUCAAGUUAUGUUGAUUUUACCCUCAAACAGCUGAACCAGUGAUACAUGACUACUUGACAACUGUUUACUUGUCAUUUAAGUCCAUAUUUUUGCAUGUUGUGUUUACUGAAUCUACUUUUGACUACCUUCACAUUAGUAUUCUGCUCCACUGCCUUUCCUCUCACCUGUGCCUCAACAGUUCUGUCCUUGCCUGG